AUGGCGGACGCGGCGGCGAGCGGGGAUGAGAAAGAGCCGGAGUCGUCUCCCCGGGCGGAAGACAGCAGCCGGGGCCUGCUGGGCGGCGGCCUCUCGGCUGAGGAAAGCAGAGCCGCGGUGGCCGAAGCGGAGGAUUCUGCUGCACAAAAUGGCGGCCGCUGUGAGAGAACCAGAAGCGCCGAGGAGCUGCUGCUGGGGGCCGCCGCCGAGGGCAGGGCCCCCCCCGGCCACGGGGCCCGCAAGGUCGCCGUCUCGGCGGCUCCCCCGCAGCCGCCUCACGAGGGGCUGGGGGUCUCGUUCCCCAAAGCCUCUGAAGACCCGCCGCCCAAGAGGAACUUUCAGAUCCCCAGGAAAAGCCGGGAAAAGAAAGCUCUUUUCCAGCCAAUAAUUGCGGGAUCUCGUGAAUUUGACGAUGUUGUGAACAUUUUGCAUUCCGCUUACUUGGAGUGUCAGUCAAAAGACUACUUCGCUUACAGAAAAGCCAGUUUAGUUCAUAGUGAACUGUUGGAAAAGGAGUUCAUAGAGAAGCGGAGGGAAUUAAAACAAGAUGGCCGAUCAGAAAAAGAGCUUGCUGAAAGUUACGCAUUUCUGAAGGUUGAUCGUGCUCUGGUGCAAAACAUAUGUGAAAAUGGCCUGCAGGUGGGCCAUUCCAAAAUGACAGUUCUUGGCAAUCCUUCUAUGGGUGUAUAUCUUUCUAGAUAUGCUGAUUUGUUGCAAGCUAAUACUCUAGAUCCGAGAUCAACUGGUGAUGUGAUAAUUUUUAAAGUCAUAAAGGGAAAAGUUAAAAGCAUAUUUGAUACCCUGGGAAUAAAACCAAUGGACUCAGCUUCAAAAAGUGCACCAGAUCCAACACCAAAGCAUGAAUACCAUGUUUUAAACACUGCGAACAAAAUUAAUUCUUUACUAUCUUAUAGAGCAUAUGAGCGUUCACAGUAUUAUUUUUAUGAAUAUGGCUUCGAUGAGAUCAGACAAAGACCAAGGCAUGUAUGUCCAUAUGCUGUUGUUUCAUUUUCUUACAAUGAUGAGAUGGUUCCAAAGUAUUUGCCUCAGUUAAGAUCAAAGAACUCUAGCAUGGAUAAGGAAGAUAAAGCAAGUUACACAUUGUGGAAGGGGCAGCUUUUAAACAGAGGGACACUUGUAUGCCAUGUUGUUUUGAAGUCAGAAACACGUCCUCUGCUUCCCUGCAAACUUCCUGAAAAACUUGAUGUUGAUAUGGUUAUGAGUAUUGAACAUUUGAAAAAGAAGAUCUCGCCAAAAGUGUUCUAUAAAGAAACCUAUUCAGGAGAAAAGGAAGAAUUCAGGAGUGGACUGUACUGUAGUCUUUAUGAUAUUGUGGAGAAGACCAGAUUGGGAAGUAAUUUGGAAGGUUUGCUUCAAAAGCUAGAAAAAGAGAAACUAGUUAUUGUUAAACCACUUGUGGACGGAGGAUAUCUGUUGCUGCUUUCUUCUUGUCAAAUGGCUUCACCGUAUGACAAUCAAGCAGGAAGACCUCGUACUCUGCAAGCAUUGUUUCUGUUCCGGAAUCAUAGAAGCGUAGGGACAUCAACACAAAAACAUGACCAGACAAAUGCAAAUACUUCAGUAUGGCAAGAGACUCACAUGGUUAUAUCAGACCUUAAAAAAUUUAUACCGUCACUGCAUUUUGCUUGUCUCCAUUCUCGUAGAGACUCUAAAUCCCACUUAAAUGUUGCGGUAGAAAAAAGUUUACACGACUAUCUGAAACCAUCUAGUAAGAAUAAAAGGUUUACCGUGUAUGACUAUAAACCAACCUUGGAUGAUAAAAAAUUAUUGCAUGCUGGACCAAAAAACAAAUUCCAUCUUGAUAACGACUUACGUGCCUACAUUUUUGGUUGUGAAACCUACCAGAUUGCUGUUUCCAGAGCCAAAAAAAUAAUGGAUAGGAAUAGAAAACCUCAGCAAUUCAGCCCUGUUUCAGAUUAUGAAGCCCCAGAAGAAGAACCUGACAGUUCAAAGAAAACAGCUGGAAAAAGAAAUGGUUCCAAAGGUGAAAUGAUCGCUGCCAAAAAAAAGCGUGCCUCUAGUGAUUAUGAUGAAGAAAGUAUCCAAGACUUGAUUUACUUAAUUCAGUGUAAGAAAAAAAAUGUAGAUAGAGACUCUGACACAGAAGACAAUAGAAGCAAGAGCAGAUCAAAGCGAAAGUUGGAAAGCAGUCUGGAAAGCCCACAGAAACGCUUAAAAAAAAGCAAUACUUCUGAAAAAGAUUGUCAUUACGAUGGGGAGAGAGCACCUGAAUCCCUGUCUUCAAUGAUAGCUGAUCUUGGUGGACAUGAUACUGAUCUGAGGCAGCAGAAUGUUUCUGAUCCUGCUGUUGCUGAAGACAAUGUCUACAAACAACUUUUAAAUGUGUUGGCUUUUCCAGAUUCUCCACUCGCUCCACUCGCAAGACUUUUUAAUCAUGCUUUAGUAGAAAAUAAUACAAGGCAAUCUUCUGAGUAUGACUCUAUUUCAGUACCGGUCAAAGAAGAACCUGAAUUCCCUGAUGGUGUACAGUUUAAGGAUUCUCGGAGCUCCAUCAUGCUUGAAACCACUGCACCAUGCUUACCUUAUUCUGUUGAUGUGUGCACUAAUGAAGCAGGCAUGGACCAUAUACUGCAUUUAAAAGAAACGAGCACCGGAAGUGUAAGUAGUUUUGAAGGCUGCAGCAGCCCAUGUCCCAGCACCCCCCUUGAGCAGAAAUAUCACAGGCAACAGUCCAAUUCACAUAACGCUGGGGAGACGGCAAUGAACUGGAAAUUGAUUCCUAUCACAGGAGGGGCAGGAAGAGUUCCUGAGGAGCAACUGAGAGAACAUGGAGAUAACCUAACAGGUCUAAAGUCUCCUGAAGAGUUAUUUUCUUAUUUGCCACCAAACAGUGCAUCUGAAGAUCCCCGAGUAAUAAACAGGCAAAAAAUGUAUGAUUAUCUGUAUACUGAAAACUCAGUGUAUGACAUACAAAAGGGGAUAGAAGACGGAGUGUAUACAAGUCAAGAGGAGAAACUUGAAGAUCAACAUGAGUUUGCAACAAACCACUGUUUGGCAAAUAAGCACUGUAUAAGUGGAAUAAUAGAGAAGGCAAUAUUAGACGAAUACCAACACUUCACCGACAAGAUUCAGGAUAUUUUGCGACAGAAAAAUAUUACGUAUAUAAGUGGAAUAUCCAAACCUGUCUUCUCAGCCAAGGAAAGGAUCAUGAGACUUUCGCAAUACAUAUCUUUACAGGCAUCAGAAGGUGCUGUCCAAGAAUACAUAGAAGGACUAAGCGAAAAGCUUAACAAGGUUGCUAUGUCUUCCUAUCGCAUUGUUAGUGCACCAUAUACUUGCAGUCCUGAACCAGCAAAUGAUUUGAUUAUGGACACUGCGUUGAAUCUUUCUUCAGAAGAGCCUGUAGAACCAGCACCUGCUGCAGAUGAUUUUGAUAUGGGCCCGUUACCAGAACCACUGGAUAACAAUGCAGUGGAAGAUUCCAACAUUGAUGAACAGAAGCCAUUGGACACUGGAAAAGAACAGAGUCCAUUGAGAACCACCAUAGAGACGAAAGUGACAGCUGAUGGAAAUCCAUCUAGUGCUGAUCCUUUGCAACAACUGGAUAAGCCUCAAAAGCCUGCAGAUAAUUUAAACAUUGCAACUCAGCCAGCCCUGGCUGAGUUGAUAGGCAACAUAAAACCUGAAGUGUUUGAUAGCAUUGUCAAAAUUAUUAAAGAUGUACGAAAAAACACUGUGAAAUUCUACAUUCAUGAAGAACAAGAGAGUAACCUUUGUAAAGAAAUCAAGGAAUAUCUUAUUAAACUAGGCAAUACAGAGUGCCAUCCUGAACAGUUUUUAAGAAGAAGGGCUGACUUGGAUAAAUUGCUUAUAAUUAUCCAAAAUGAAGAUAUUGCCAGUCAGAUUCAUAAGAUACCAUGUUUAGUAACUCUGAAGAGGCUAUCCUGCGUCAGUUUUGCUGGUGUUGAUAGUCUGGAUGAUGUGAAAAAUCAUACUUACAAUGAAUUAUUUGUUUCUGGUGGCUUCAUUGUCUCUGAUGAAUCUGUUCUUAAUCCAGAAUUCAUUACAGCUGAUCAACUUAACAGUUUUCUAAAGUUUCUUGAAGCGAUGAGUACUCCAGAUGGAAAGUGGCAAUGGAAAGUUCAUUGUAAAAUACAGAAAAAAUUGAAAGAACUUGGGAGAAUAAAUGCAAAUGCAAACGCAAAUGCCUUGCUGACACUUCUGAAUGCUUAUCAAAAGAAGCACAUGGUUGAGAUUCUGUCGUACCAUAACUGUGAUUCUCAAACUCGCAAUGCUCCAGAAUUAGACUGUCUCAUAAAUCUUCAGGCUCAGAAUUUGCAACAAAGGCACAUUGUCUUCCUUACAGAAAAGAAUAUUCAAGCAUUUGGAACUUACGCUGAUAAUGGAAUAGUGGUUACUACAGUUGAUAACUUCAUGAAUAACUUUAAAAGCCUUGUUGGCUACCAUAACUCAGUUACUGAAGAAAACAGCCUUCCUCCACCUGUUGAUCAUGACAGACAAUCAGUUCUUGUAGAAAACGAUGAGAAGGAUGAGGAGGACAUGUCUUUGGAUUCAGGGGAUGAAGCACCACAAAUAGAAGUUUGCAAUGAUGUCUCAAAGCAUGAUUCCCAUUUGGAAGCUUUGCGGACAGAGACCAAAGGAUCACGUGGAGCAGACUGCAAGCAGAACUCUCAGCUUGAGACUCAGCUGUCUGCUGAAGGACACAUCCUUGUGACAGAAAAGACUUCUAAAAUGGAUGUGCAAGACAUACAGCCAGUUACUCCAGUUUCUAUGACAUGCUCUACUGAAGGAGAAAAAAACAAUUCAGCUGAACAAGUUCCUUUCAAUAACUUUCAGAUUUACAAUAGACAGUUAAGUGUGCCCCAUCAGUUCAGUCACUUCAAUGUUCUCACUCACCAGACAUUUCUAGGAGCAACGUAUCCGAUACCUACAAGUCGAAACCAAGAAGGUGGAAAUUACUUCCUGACUGCUUACAGCCAGAAAAUGGAUAUGGACCAGUCUUCAUCUCCCAGGCCGUAUUCAAAACAGAAUUAAGCAAAGCUAAACAUUUUUAUAAGUUGUUGUGAAUUUUCUGUUACUAAAAAAAGCAAUUUAACAGUUUCUAUUCUCUGAUCAAAACAUUUCCUGUCCCUUUUCUCAAUUGGUUGUUCUGUCUUAUUUAAAUCAUGAUGGCCUGUACCAGUUGAAGCACCUGGAGUCUGAAAUAAAUAUAUAUUUUUUAACAUUUA